UGCACAAAUUUCAAACUCUGCAAAAACUGUCAAAUCAUAAUAUUCCGUUUCUCAUAGAAAGUUUUUUUCGCAAUUUUAUGUAAAAGUUGUAAUAAAAGCUUAUUAAUUAUCGGGAAUUUUAUAGUUUUGGUGUGAAAUAAAAAGAGGAAGAAAUGGAAGAAAUUGGGAUUCUCCCUGCUACACCGGCGGCUGCUGAAGAGUCAGUAAACUACGAUUUAAAAGCUGCACAACUUCCGUUCGCAGGAAAUUAUGAUGAUGUGGAUGCGGAUGAUUUGUACACUCGAUAUAAGCGAUUGCAGCGUCAGCUUGAGUUUCUCGAAGUGCAAGAAUCUUACAUUAAAGAUGAACAGAGGAAUCUUAAAAAGGAGCAUCUUCAUGCACAAGAAGAAGUGAAAAGGAUCCAAAGUGUUCCUCUCGUAAUUGGUCAGUUUUUGGAAGCUGUUGACCAAAAUACGGGGAUUGUGGGGUCGACGACGGGUUCGAAUUACUAUGUCCGCAUUCUCUCCACCUUGGAUAGAGAGUUACUUCGACCCUCGGCAUCCGUAGCCUUGCACAAACACAGCAACGCUUUGGUCGAUGUCCUCCCUCCAGAAGCCGACUCGUCGAUAUCCAUGCUUGGAGCGGAUGAGAAACCGGACGUGUCUUACUCCGAUAUUGGUGGGAUGGAUAUGCAAAAACAGGAGAUGAGGGAAGCUGUCGAGUUGCCUCUGACCCACCAUGAACUUUAUAAGCAGAUUGGAAUUGACCCCCCGAGAGGUGUUCUCAUGUAUGGACCUCCAGGUUGCGGUAAAACUAUGUUGGCUAAAGCAGUUGCUCAUCACACCACUGCCGCAUUCAUCCGUGUCGUGGGCUCCGAAUUUGUCCAGAAAUACUUGGGCGAAGGUCCUCGAAUGGUUCGUGACGUGUUUCGCCUCGCCAAAGAAAAUUCUCCAGCCAUCAUCUUUAUAGACGAGAUUGAUGCUAUUGCCACGAAGCGAUUUGACGCACAGACGGGUGCUGAUCGAGAAGUUCAGCGUAUUCUUCUCGAACUUCUCAAUCAAAUGGACGGUUUUGACCAAACUACAAACGUCAAGGUUAUAAUGGCAACUAAUCGAGCCGACACAUUAGACCCUGCCCUCCUUCGACCGGGACGGUUGGACCGGAAGAUUGAAUUCCCUUUACCAGACAGGCGUCAAAAGCGACUCGUCUUCCAAACAAUCACCUCCAAAAUGAAUUUAAGUGACGAGGUCGAUCUUGAAGACUAUGUUGCACGGCCUGAUCGUAUCUCUGGGGCAGAUAUUAAUGCUAUCGUUCAAGAGGCUGGUAUGCAUGCUGUCAGAGAAAACCGGUACAUUGUCCUCGCUAAAGAUUUCGAGAAAGCGUACAAGAAUAAUAUCAAGAAAGAUGAGUCGGAGCACGAGUUUUAUAAAUAAGUAAUCAGUUAACUCAUGUAAUACGAAUAUUUAUUCAUACUUUGUAUUCUGCAAUGUGUUAUUGCGUGUAUGUAGAAUAACCAAAAAUUCUCUAACAUUAAAACAACAUUUAAUAUUGUUCUUUUUUGUAAAAGUGGACAGGUGCCCGAACCAAAUUUGGAAAUAUUUACAUUGUAAUAAUAGCAAAAAUUUCUGUGAAUUGUCAUUUGUGUAAACAAACUCCACGUCAGAAAAUAAAAGGAAUUAUUGAAAACUUUGACAAG